GGACAUCAUAGUUUCACAGUGGUGUUUUUUGUCACGUUACUGUUUUUCUUCUUCCAACAAACUUCUUUUUGCUUCAAGGUUUCACCGGCGUUUUCUGUAUUGAUGAUGUAGAUUUGCUGUCAAGAGGUUGUGAAUGAUGCUGGUCUUAGUUUGGGAGUUGCCUGUCUUAUAUAGCCUGGGACUUGGCAAUGAUGACCAAUUCAUACCUUUCUGAAACAAGGAACGGCAGGCAUAUGAUUUCAAGGAAGGAAUUUCCAUUGUACUCAUCAACAUAAUCAAGAUUAUCGUCAGCUGAAGAGGAGGGUGACAGGUGUGAAAUUUAUGUCAUAGAGGUGAGAGAUAGUAAUGUAGGUUAAACUCCUCCUACAACCAGACAAGCCUUAUUUAUGACAAACCCACAUUCUUGCUUCAGGGCAGUUCAACACUUCAUCUGUGCAUGCAUCUUGACCAAUUUCAGCAAAACUUCGUAGUAACAGCAGAGAAACAACUAUGGCAACAUCAGAUGGGUUUCCAGCCAGUUUCUAUGGUGAGCCAGGAGUGCUGGGCAUGUUAUCCAAUGGGAUCAGUGCAUUCCUUGUACUUCUGCAGAACUUCAGUACAGCGCGUACUGGCAUUGCACCAGUAGGAGUGGAGAACAUCCUUGCAGGUGUCCAUCUGAUCCUAAUUGGUGGUAUAUGCCAAUUGGUGGCCGGACUGCUUUCCUUCAGAAAAUAUGAUCAUCUGAGUGGCACUGCCUUCAUUGGCUAUGCUGCUCUUUGGGGCAGUUAUGGUGCCACCCGAAUCUACUUUGGUGCCUUAGAUGAAACUCGAACCCCAGCUCUGAUACCACAUCUAAUGAUAAACAAUAUGUCCCUGUCCACUAAUGUGACGAACAACACGUAUCUAUUUCUGUCCAUAAAAGAAUCAGCAAUUGCUGGUCUGGUCCCCUAUAUUUUUCUGUCCUUCCUCCUAGCCUUCUGCUCCGCCACAGUCAACUACAUCAUGCCUUUUGUUUUUGGGGCCAUCACAGCCACCUUAAUUUUUGAAGCAGUAGGUCUGGUGGCGAGCUCUUGGGCUCUUGUGGUCUCUGGGGUCCUCGAGUUGCUCAUUCUAAUGUUUGCCAUUUAUGGUUCAGCUGCACUGCUCCUCAAAGGUCUGACUCAGCGUCUGGUCCUCAAAGGCUUUGGUACCCCUCUCUUUAAUGUUCUCCUGCUAGGGACCGCAAACUCAGCAAGUGCCCAGAGCAUUGGACAAGAGAAAAAGAAAAACACAAAAUACGCAGAGCCCAUGGCCUUGGGUUUCUUCUGUGACACUGUUGCCCCCUUCAUCCUCGCUUUCUACAGCUUUGGGUAUGUUAAGUCCUUUGGCCUAGGUGCUGCAUGGGUCUCAAUCAUCUCAGCCGCUCAGCUGUUCUCAAGUUACUACGCCCAUCUGCGCCAAGAUUGCUACCACACCACCAAGUUUGGUCUUCAUGCUACAUAUUGGCUGAUUAAAGCGUGGGAUGAGUUUGUGGUAUCUGUUCUGAUUGUAGAGGACAGUAAAGUGGUCUCAGGGAGGGAAUCAAUGGUGGGGGACUGGUUCUUUGUGGUAGCAGGCUUGUUGCUCUGCGUGGGAAGCCUGAACAUGGAUGUCCUUGAACUGAUCCACAACAUGCUCUUUGUCCUGCUCACUGUCUCAACAAUCCCUCAGAUCCCUCUCCAGGGUUACUACAUCUUCUUUGGUGUAGCUUGCUCCCUGUUCACUGCAGCCUCCUUUUAUGGUACUUUCUCACGUCUCAUCAACACAAUAGCAGAGAAGUCUCUCAUCCCUGUUGGCCCUCAGCCCAUCUCCACUGAACAGCUACAGAGAGCCUUCAAGUGCAGCAGAUCUAAUCAGGGAGACGAGGAGGUGUUUCAGGCUUCAGAUGCCCUGUUCUACCUUUCAAAUGGAGUUGCAGCUCUCUCUGCCCUGCAUACAAGCGUGUCAAGCUCAAAUCUCUCCUUCCUCAAUCUGACAGUCCCUUGGGUCUUCAUCUCUGGAGCCAUCAUCCAGGUUUAUGUCAGCCGGCUGCAAGUUACAGGAGGUGGCCAUUUUGGAUCCGUCAUCUCGGCCCUCUAUGUAGCAGUGUGGGCAACCUGGACUUGGUUUAGGUUUGCAGGCAAUCUACUACAACUUCCCACAGACGACUCCAAUGGUUUUACAGCAGGAGCCAUUGCUUUCCUGGUCAUUAAUGCUUUCCUCGUGCUCAUAGCUGCCUACAAGAACCUAGUUUUGCUGUUUCUAACGACAGUCAUGGAGGUUGUUCUGGUCUGUUUCCUGCUGUCCACCCUGCAGCGACUGCCGUACGAACUAGAAAUGGCCAUGCUUGCUCUGCUUUCAAUAAUUUGUGUAUAUGGAGCUCUGGCAUCACUGGUCAACUGCAUCUUCUCACAGAGACUGCUGCCUGUGGGACCUUCCUUAUUGAAGAAAGAAGUGAAGCAGGAAACCUCUUCAGAGCUGCCCUGUCCUGUGGCAAAUUCACGACUCACCAGUGGUCUCCUGAAGAUCGCUGGUCUUCUGGAGAAAGGUGGAGUAUGUGGUAUCCCCACAGACACAGUCUAUGCCCUGGCCGCCUCCUGCAAGAAUCCUCAGGCUAUAGAGAAAAUCUACAACAUUAAAGACAGACCAGCAGAGAAGCCCAUCUGUAUCUGCAUCUCUAGUGUGGAGCAGCUGGUAGCUGCCAAGCCUCCCUUCAGUCCUCUGCUCUGGGAGUUUAUGAGGAAUGUGUAUCCAGGAGGAAUCAGCUGCAUCGUCAGCAAAGGAGACUGGCUCUUCAGGCUCGGAGUGGGCCCAGCUUAUGACCGUGUUGGCACCAGGGACAGCAUCAUGAUCCGCGUCCCUGACCACACUGUGACCAGCCACCUUUGUGACAUCACUGGGCCCCUUGCUAUAACCUCAGCCAAUCCCAGUGGAGAGGCAGACAGCACCCACCACAGCAUGGUCAUCAAUCGACUAGGACACAAGAUCCAAGGGGUUCUUUGCGAUGGGGACUCAAAUGAAGUAGUUGCUUCCACCGUGAUCAACUGCCUUAGGAUUGAUGAAGGGACCAUCACCAUUAUGAGGGAAGGCUGUGUCCCUGCAGUAAAGGUCCAACAGAUCUUUGACAGAGUGAAAAGCACUAUGUUGUGAACAGUAAUCGUUUCUUACAAGGUCUGCUUCUUUGACUUCUGCAUUUCCAAGGGCUAAUUUAUGAAAACUAUGAACAAGAUUGAGUUGAAAUCUAAUGUAGUGUUGGUUAUACCGUUCUUUUCUGGGGGUGUCAAUAAAAAUUUAGCUAGCUUACAAUUGCAAUACACAGUGCAAUUUUACAUUCUCAACAAAGGAUUUAUUUCAUAUGAUAAAGACAUGCAAAUUUAUCUUCUGUUGCUAUUUGUGUUUAAGCUUAUUGUGCAUUAGUGUGUUACUUUUCUCUGCAAAUAAACCUUUAAAUUAUGUGCAUAAGUUUUAUAAGCAUAAUGCAACGGAUUCAUCAAACAACAAACCAUCUUCAAUAUUUAUAA